UCUAAAUAAUUUUAAAAUGGCUGAAGCACCAAAGAGUUAUGGUGAUUUUGAAUCCGAUGAAGGAUAUCCUUUUUUGGCCAUAAGCAAAGAAGAUAAAAUCAAGUUUGCCUCCCAACCAUUCGAUUCAAAGAAAAACUGUUGGAUACCUGACGAGGAAGACGGCUUCGUUGCCGCUGAAGUUAAGAGCACCUCCGGCGAGCAAGUUACCGUGGUGACAUCUAAGGGAAAUGAAAUUACCUGCAAGAAGGAAGAAACUCAAGAGAUGAACCCACCGAAAUUUACAAAGACUGAAGACAUGGCUAACUUGACAUUUUUGAAUGAAGCCUCUGUGCUCAACAACUUGAAGGAACGUUACUUCAGCAUGAUGAUUUACACCUAUUCUGGACUUUUCUGUGUUGUAAUCAACCCAUAUAAACGUUUACCAAUCUACACUGAGAGUGUGAUCAAGUCUUAUAUCGGCAAGCGACGAAAUGAAAUGCCACCUCAUUUGUUCGCGGUUGCUGAUGAAGCUUAUCGUAACAUGGUCCAGGAUCGCGAAAACCAGUCUAUGUUGAUCACUGGUGAAUCUGGUGCUGGUAAAACUGAGAAUACCAAGAAGGUUAUCUCGUACUUUGCUAUCGUCGGUGCAACACAACAAGCAGCUGAGAAAAAGGAAGGACAGAAGGGUGGUACUCUCGAGGAACAAAUUGUCCAGACAAACCCUGUACUCGAGGCUUUUGGAAAUGCCAAAACUGUACGUAACAACAACUCAUCACGUUUCGGUAAAUUCAUCCGAGUACACUUCUCAGGAUCUGGAAAAUUGGCUGGCGGUGACAUUGAACACUAUUUGCUGGAAAAAUCUCGUGUGGUACGUCAAGCACCUGGAGAACGUUGUUAUCACAUUUUCUACCAAAUUAUGUCUGGUUUCGAUUCUGGAUUACGUGCAAAGCUUCAGCUCACCAACGAGCUUAGCUACUACCAUUUCCAGUCUCAGGGUGAACUUACAAUUGAAGGCGUAGACGAUAAAGAAGAAAUGAAACUUACUCAAGAGGCCUUCGACAUUAUGGGCUUUGAGGACCUUGAAGUACAAAACAUGUACAAAAACGUUGCUGGUAUUAUGCAUAUGGGAGAAAUGAAAUUCAAACAACGUCAACGUGAAGAACAGGCUGAGGUUGAUACUGAGGAUGAUGCCAAGCGUGCAUCCGCCAACUUUGGAAUAGAUCACGAAGCUUUCCUCAAAGCAUUGACCAAACCACGUGUACGUGUCGGAAACGAAUGGGUGAACAAAGGACAAAACCUUGAACAAGUUAACUGGGCAGUAUCUGGUUUGGCCAAAGCAAUUUAUUCUCGCAUGUUCCGUUGGCUUAUUAACCGUUGUAACAAGACUCUUGAUCAACGUGCUAUUGAACGAAAGAUGUGGAUUGGAGUACUUGAUAUUGCUGGUUUCGAAAUUUUCGAUUUAAACAGCUUUGAACAACUUUGGAUUAACUUCGUAAACGAGAAGCUUCAACAAUUCUUCAACCAUCACAUGUUCGUUUUGGAACAGGAAGAAUACAAACGUGAGGGUAUUGCAUGGACUUUUAUUGACUUCGGUCUCGACCUUCAAGCCUGUAUUGAUCUUAUCGAAAAGCCAUUGGGUGUCAUCUCUAUGCUUGAUGAAGAAUGUAUUGUACCCAAGGCUUCUGACAUGACAUUCGUUCAAAAGUUACAAGAUCAACAUUUGGGCAAGCAUCCAAACAUGCAAAAGCCGAAGCCGCCUAAAGGCAAACAAGCAGAAGCUCACUUCGCUAUUAUCCACUAUGCUGGAACGGUACGUUAUAAUGCCAACAACUUCUUGGAAAAGAACAAGGACCCUCUUAACGACUCUGCUGUCAGCAUUCUAAAGUCAGCACAAAAUAACCAAUUGUUGCUUGACAUUUUCGAGGACUAUGUCACACAGGAAGAAGCAGCAGAAUUGGCCAAAUCUGGACAGUCUAGUGGCAAAAAGAAGGGAAAAUCCUCCUCAUUCUUGACUGUAUCAAUGAUCUACCGUGAAUCAUUGAACAACUUGAUGAGUAUGCUUUACCAGACACAUCCACACUUUAUCCGUUGCAUCAUUCCCAACGAGAAGAAAGCUUCUGGUGUCAUUGACUCGGCUCUUGUAUUGAACCAACUGACUUGCAACGGUGUGCUUGAGGGUAUCCGUAUUUGCCGAAAAGGAUUCCCCAACCGAAUGUUAUAUCCUGACUUCAAACAUCGUUAUGCGAUCCUGGCUGCUGAUGAAUCUAAAGUGCCCGAUGAGAAAGCAGCUAGUAAAGGAAUUACUGAUCGCCUUUGCCGCGAAGACAGUUUGAAGGACGAAGACUUCAAACUGGGAAAUACUAAAGUUUUCUUCAAAGCUGGUGUACUUGCCCGUCUCGAGGACUUGCGUGACGAGAAAUUAGGAAUUAUUCUCACAGCUUUCCAGACACGAAUUCGUUGGUACUUGGCCCAGAAGGACGUUAAGAGACGCAUCCAACAACGCGCCGGUUUACUUAUUUUACAGCGCAACAUUCGAUCUUGGUGCACCCUUCGCAACUGGGAUUGGUUCAAAUUGUACGGAAAGGUGCGCCCACUUCUCAAGAUGGGCAAAGAGCAAGAAGAAUUGGACAGUCUGCAAGUCAAAAUCAAGGAAUUGGAAGAAAGCCUUGCAAAGGAAGAAGGCAACCGCAAGGAAUUGGAGACCCAAGUUGCCAAAUUGGUCGAGGAGAAGAAUGCCAUUUUCUUGAACUUGGAGAAGGAGAAGGCUGCUCUCCAAGAAUCAGAAGAAAAGGCUAACAAACUCCAGUCAUUGAAAAACGACUUGGAUCGCCAGCUGGGUGAUCUUCAAGACCGACUUGGAGAACUUGAAGAUCGUAAUGCUGAUCUUCAGCGCGUACGUAAGAAGGGCGAGCAAGAGAUUGAAGGAUUAAAGAAGAAUGUUCAGGACUUGGAAUUGAGUCUUCGUAAAGCCGAGAGUGAAAAACAGUCCCGUGAACACAACUUACGCUCCUUGCAAGAUGAGAUGGCCCAGCAAGAUGAGAAUAUUGCCAAAUUGAAUAAAGAAAAGAAGCACCAAGAGGAGAUGAACCGAAAACUCAUGGAAGACCUCCAAGCUGAAGAGGAGAAGGUCAAUCAUGUGAAUAAACUUAAACAGAAGCUCGAGCAGCAACUUGAUGAUUUGGAAGAUUCAGUCGAGCGUGAGAAGCGCGCAAAACAGGAAUUAGAAAAGUCAAAGCGCAAGACUGAGGGUGAACUUAAAGUAGCUCAGGAAAAUAUCGAAGAGCUAAAUAAGCAGAAGCAUGAUUUGGAAGAAAAUCUUAAACGCAAAGAAACUGAACUUCACCAAGUUUCUGCACGUCUUGAGGAUGAACAGUCGCUUGUAGGCAAACUUCAACGCCAGAUUAAAGAGUUACAAGCACGUAUCUCUGAACUUGAGGAGGAGCUCGAGGCUGAACGUCAGUCUCGCCAAAAGGCUGACCGUUCCCGUUCUGAGUUGCAGCGCGAAUUGGAAGAACUCAGUGAGCGUCUUGAUGAUGCUGGUGGAGCUACUGCUGCUCAGAUCGAAGUUAAUAAGAAGCGUGAAGCUGAAUUAGCAAAACUUCGCCGUGAUCUUGAGGAGAAUAAUCUUAACCACGAGACACAAUUGAAUGCUCUUCGCAAGAAACACAACGAUGCUGUUGCUGAACUCACUGACCAACUUGAACAAAUGCAGAAGAUCAAAGUCAAGGUCGAAAAGGACAAACAACAAAUACAACGCGAGCUCGAGGAUGCCACACAAACUGCAGAUUCAGAACUCCGAGCACGCCAAGAAGCUGAGAAAGUGAUUAAGAAUUUGGAGCUUCAGCUUAAUGAACUCCAGACCAAAGCAGACGAACAGUCUCGUCUUCUUAAUGAUUUAGCAGCAUUGAAGAGCCGACUCCAAAAUGAAAACUCAGACUUGGAACACCAAGUUGAAGAUUUGGAAAAUCAAGUGAACUCUCUGCACCGUCUUAAGAGUCAGCUUGUAAGCCAGCUUGAAGAAGCUAAACGAACUGCUGAUGAGGAAAGUCGUGAACGUCAGACACUAAGUGGACAACUUAAGAAUGUCCAGCACGAAAAUGAUUCGUUGCGUGAGCAACUUGAUGAUGAACAGGAAGGAAAGGCAGAAUGCCUUCGUCAAAUCAGCAAGUUGAAUGCUGAAAUCCAACAAUGGAAAGCUCGCUUCGAGGGCGAAGGCUUGGUUAAAUUGGAAGAGAUUGAAGAGGCGAAACGCACAUUACAAAAGAGACUCCAGGAACUUACUGAUGCCAAUGAAGCAGCUAACACGAAGGCAUGCGUUUUAUCCUAUGUUUCCCUAUAAA